UUCAUUUAAAAACAAUUUGCUAAGUUUAAAUAUUUUAAAUUUUAAUCAAUCACUUCAUUGAGUUGAGUUGAUUCUGUACUUUAGUAAAUAAUUGGUAGGUUGUAAGUAAUAACAAAUUGUUAACAAAAAUGUCUUAUGAUUUCAAGAAAGACGAAGAUGUUAAGGAAUAUAUUAAAAACUUAGGGAUUGAAUAUAGGUUUGGUUGUUUCAGUGAAAAAGAUGCACAAACAUGUCAGUUGCUGGGUGAUUAUUUAGAGACUAUAGAAAACAACCCUGAUAAGGCAGCCAAAAUAUAUAAAGAAAAUUGUGAUGAACGGAACUUUGGUCGCAGUUGCUAUAAGUAUGCUUCCUAUUUGGAAAAAAAUAAUUUGAGAAAUCUGAAACCAGUUAUUCCUGAGAUGAUAAGAUAUUUUAAGAAAGGUUGUGAAUUUAAUUGGUCUGAUGGAUGUUUUGCUGCUGGAAUGAAACUUCGUUAUCACAGUGACCAAAUUACUGAUGUUGAUGAAAGAACAAAUAGCUUACUUCAAAGUCUGCAAUACUUAGAAAAAGCAUGUAACAACAGGCAUUCAGAAGCAUGCUAUAUAGCCAGCAAUAUUCAUUUUGUUGGCAUUGAGGAAAUUGGAUUAGAACCUAAUAAGCCCAAAUUUUUAGAAUACUCAAUAAAAGCUUGUGAUCAAAAUGAAUUGAAGGGUUGUGUUAAUGCAUCAAUUAUGUAUAAUAAAGGCGAUGGUGUACCUAAAGAUUUGGAUCUUGCUCAGAAGUAUAAAGAAAGAGCAUUAGAUAUACAAAGGCAAAUCAAAGAAGAAAAGGUAUAAAGUUUAGUUAAUGGUUUUACUAUGAUUGUUUUACAAUUGUUAUUAGUUAUCAUUAAAAAACAAAAAUGAUGAGUUAUAUAUUUGAAAUUAAUUAUUCUGAUUUAUGACAUUGUUCAUUGAUAAUUGUUAUUCAUAUUAAUAAACAGCUAAUUUAUUGUUUA